UCUUCAAACAUUGUCCUGCAAUAUCUUUGCUCUUCUAAUAUGGCCAAUACUUUCAAGCUCUUUUCAUUCCUCAUUGUUCUUCUAGCUCUAAUCAUGGCAACGGUAAACCAGGCACGACUACUGGAUACCCCAAGGCCAAGCCUCGUCGUUCGACUGAAAAUGGAUGCAGAAUCACCAAGUUGCUGGGAGUCAUUGAUCCAGAUUCAAGCAUGUACUGGAGAGGUUAUCUUGUUUUUCCUCAAUGGUGAGACUUACCUUGGUGAUUCCUGUUGCCACGCUAUACAUACCAUUGGCCAUCAAUGCUGGCCAAACAUGCUUGAAACCCUUGGCUAUACCACGGAAGAAGGUGACAUACUCCAAGGCUACUGUGAUCAUGAAACUACCGAGUCCUCCUCAUCUCAACCAUCAUCAUCGUCUGUGAAGGAUGGCAUGGAUGUUCCAGUGAAAGCUGAACUUCCUUGAGUGGA